CGUCACCAAUGCGACCAUGGGAACUGGCAGUGAAUAGGCGGCCUCCCUCUGCCCCUUUUAACCACCGCCGUUUCUCGGGGGGACCCUGCAGCAGCCCUGACCACCUCCGGCGAAGCCCCCCCGCCAGGCGUCAGUGGGGACGACGCGACCGACCUCUGGCAGCCCUGCUGGGCCAGGAUGAGCCGCAGCUGCCCCCUGCCUUCCCCCAGCAGCCGCCCGCGCCCGUAGAUGAGCCGCGCAGCUUCGCCCUCCCCAGCACAGCGCCACGAAUGCUGCACCCGGCCGCGCACCCGCCCCACCAGAACCCCUUCAUGGUGGAUCUGCACGAGCAGGUGCACCAGGGACCUGUCCCUCUCUCCUACACGGUGACGACGGUGACGACGCAGGGCUUCCCGCUGCACGCCGGCCAGCACAUCCCCGGCUGCAGCACGCAGCAGCUCCCAGCAUGCUCAGUGAUGUUCAGCGGGCAGCACUACCCGCUCUGCUGCCUCCCGCCCCCGCUGAUCCAGGCAUGCGCCAUGCAGCAGCUGCCCGUCUCCUACCAGACGUUCCCCCCGCUCAUCUCCAGCGACCAUUACAUCCUGCACCCGCCGCCGCCGCCAGUGCCCCCCCACCAGCCGCCCCACAUGCCCCCCCUGGGGCAGUUCGUACCUCUCCAAGCCCAGCACCCGCGCAUGCCUCUGCAGAGGAUAGACAAUGACGUGGAGCUGCGGGGGGAGCAGCACCCCAUCACAGGCUUCACAUACCCCCCGUCGCACCACGCGCCCCCGCUGUCGCCCUCCGUGCCGCUGCAUUACCUCCCGCCCGAGCCGCUGCACCAGGAGCUGCCGUUCGGCGUGCCAUAUCCCCACAUGCUGCCCCGGCGGCUCAGCGCCCAGCGCUACCGGCUGCAGCAGGCGCUGCCGCCGCCGCCUCCACCGCCGCCCCCCUACUACCCGAGCUUCCUGCCCUAUUUCCUCUCCAUGCUUCCUGUGUCACCAACGGCUGUGGGGCCCACGAUCAGCCUGGACCUGGACGUGGAUGACGUGGAGAUGGAGAAUUACGAGGCGCUGCUGAACCUGGCCGAGCGGCUGGGGGAGGCCAAGCCGCGGGGACUCACCAAAGCAGACAUCGAGCACCUCCCGUCCUACCGCUUCAACCCCGAGAACCACCAGUCCGAGCAGACCCUGUGCGUCGUGUGCUUCAGCGACUUCGAGGCACGGCAGCUUCUCCGCGUCCUGCCCUGCAACCACGAGUUUCACGCCAAGUGUGUCGACAAAUGGUUAAAGGCCAACCGCACGUGCCCCAUCUGCCGGGCGGACGCGUCGGAGGUGCAGCGGGAGGCGGACUGAGGCCAGCGCGCGCGGGGCCGCGCCAUUCCA